AUGGAUCGAGUAGAUAUACAGACUGAUUUCCUAGGCGUCGUCUGCCUCAAUACGCUUGCCGAUUCUCCAGGCCUCAUCAGCUUCAGCACGCUUGCCGAUGUUCCAGGCCUCAUCAGCCUCAACACGCUUGCCAAUUCUCCAAGCCUCAUCAGCUUCAGCACGCUUGCCGAUUCUCCAGGCCUCAUCAGCCUCAGCACGCUUUCCAAUCCUCCAAGCCUUAUCAGCCUCGACGCGCUUUCCGAUCCUCCAGGCCUCAUCGGCUUCUGCACCAGUGUGCACGACGAGCGCCUGUGCUCCAAUAGCCCAAGCAAAGGCUAUAUAGAUAGUGCUGGUGAGAUGCAUCUUAGGGGGUGA